AAACUCACCAACCUUGAGAUCGUGACCUGAGCCGAAGUCCCAUGCUUACCCGACUGAGCCACCUGGGUGCCCCCAAUUUUAAAGAAAUUUUGAAAGCAGGGACCCAUCUAGAAAUUCUCUAGGUGGAAAGGUGUGUGGAAGGGGCAAGGGGCAAUGGGGAAGAUGGAGAAAUGGAAACUUUCAGCAUCUUAGGCUAUGUGAAGCCUAAUCAAAAUUCAAAUGAGCAGGCAAGUAUAAAGACUCCAGGAAAACAUCAAAUUUCCCUGCUAACUGAAAAGAACAGCAACAAGACAACGGAGAACUGGAGGGGCAGGGCAGGUAAAUGAAAUAGAAGGGAAAGGGGCCAAGUCUCAUUGGCGCGAAGUCUUGGGAAAAGAGAGAAGAUACUUUGACUUACAAUAUUUUAGAGAAGGACCCUCAAGUAGGUGCGGUGCUAGUGGGGAUCAUUUUGCUGGCCCUGGGAGGGUUCCCUUUUCCUCUGACAAGGUAAGGCGGUGGUGGUGAUGUCUUCAUGACCUUUCUGCUAGCGUCGCUGCAGGACCUUCCGGGGAAAUUGGUGCGGCGUUCCAGGCAAUCAGUGCCCACGGAGUGUUGCGCUGAGUGCCUGCGGUGGUCACGGCAGGAGUGGGCACAUGGUGGCAGAGAAGUCCGGUGUCGGCACUCCAGAUAAGGUUACAGGAAAACUCAGACAUCCAUCUCAUUUCCCUCCCCUCCCUCCAAUUCCCUUCCUGGCGCCCAGCAUAGAGACUGUUGGCCGCUGCCCCUUUAAGGGCCUCCACUCCUCCCCACCCCAAGCAGUGGCACCGGGGCGGGUAGUGGGGAGGGGGGGGGGGGAGGUUGAGCGUUCUCGCCCCGGUCAACUAGGGAAAAUGGCCCAGGCCCGGGAAAUCGCUCCCACGCCCCGCUGUCCCCGCCCCCGAGCCGGGUGAGCUGGGAGACCCCUUCUCUCUUUCCCUCCCGCCCCACGCACGCCGCGGGAAUGGCUCCGUGGCCUCACGGGAACGGCUCUCUGGCUUCGUGGCCGGAUGCCCCCACCCUGACGCCCAAUACUGCCAACACGAGUGGGCUGCCGGGGGUGCCGUGGGCGGUGGCAUUGGCGGGGGCGCUGUUGGCGCUGGCCGUGCUGGCCACCGUGGGAGGCAACCUGCUGGUCAUCGUGGCCAUCGCUCGGACGCCGAGACUCCAGACCAUGACCAACGUGUUCGUGACCUCGCUGGCCACAGCAGACCUGGUGGUGGGACUCCUGGUAGUGCCGCCGGGGGCCACCCUGGCGCUGACCGGCCACUGGCCCCUGGGCGCCACUGGUUGCGAGCUGUGGACCUCAGUGGACGUGCUGUGUGUGACGGCCAGCAUUGAAACCCUGUGCGCCCUGGCCGUGGACCGCUACCUGGCAGUGACGAACCCGCUGCGCUACGGCGCCCUGGUCACCAAACGGCGCGCCCGGGCAGCCGUGGUACUGGUGUGGGUCGUGUCAGCGGCGGUGUCGUUUGCGCCCAUCAUGAGCAAAUGGUGGCGCGUGGGAGCCGACGCCGAGGCGCAGCGCUGCCACUCCAAUCCGCACUGCUGCGCCUUCGCCUCCAACAUACCCUACGCGCUGCUCUCCUCCUCCGUCUCCUUCUACCUUCCGCUCCUUGUGAUGCUCUUCGUCUACGCGCGCGUUUUCGUCGUGGCUACGCGCCAGCUGCGCCUGCUGCGCGGAGAGCUGGGCCGCUUCCCGCCAGGGGAGUCUCCGCCGGCCGCGUCUCGCUCUAUGUCCCCCGCCCCGGCGGGGCCGUGCGCUUCUCCCGCAGGGGUGCCCUCCUACGGGCGGCGGCCCGCGCGCCUUCUGCCUCUCCGGGAACACCGGGCCCUGCGCACCUUGGGUCUCAUCAUGGGGACCUUCUCUCUCUGCUGGUUGCCCUUCUUUGUGGCCAACGUGGUGCGCGCCCUCGGGGGCCCCUCUCUGGUUCCCAGCCCGGCUUUCCUGGCCCUUAACUGGCUAGGCUAUGCCAACUCCGCCUUUAACCCGCUCAUCUACUGCCGCAGCCCCGACUUUCGCAGCGCCUUUCGCCGCCUGCUGUGCCGCUGUCGGCUGGAGGAGCGCCACGCAGCAGCCUCCGGGGCUGGAGAAACCUCGGAUGCCCCUGCGGCGCUGACCAGGCCCGCCGAGUCGGGGCUUCCUGGGGGAAUUUCUUAGGUCCUGAACGACAAGAAACAACUCUGUUCAUCCAGAACUUUUGGAAAGCCUCUGGCCUCUGUUUAGAAUGAGCCCUGUGGAGUUUCCCAGCUGGAAAUCUCUGACCUCCAGAAACUGAACUUUUCUAAGCCCUGAGCUUCACCACUACCUCAGCAGCUGAAGUAUCCAGCAGCCUGGAGCAGCCGGACUAGCUUUGGUGGGACACCUGUCACCUUGCUCACUUCGGUGCUGUGUGCUUAGGGCAGAGACAGCACUCCUCCUUCCAUCCCUCCUGCUGCCUAGACCUGACGGACCACUCAGUGCUCCCCACGCUCGCUGCUUGCUCUGUGGCCUAGGCUGGGAGCAGGAAGCUAGCAAAGGUGCAGCUUUGGGGUUUUGUCCCUGACACAUCGCUACGGAUCUCUAAGCACCGGCCUCCCCCACUUUGGACACAGGACAGCUCUGAUCUACCUCACAGCAGUGCCAGAAAGACUUCUUCAGGGUUUUUUUUUGGAGGGGGGUGGGGGGGUGGCUCCGGGAUUCAUAGGAGGCCGAACCAUUAGAACAGAUCCCUUCUUUUCCUUUCAGCAUCAAAUGAAUAAAUAUUACUGAAUGCGA